GCUUGACCUUAUCUCGAAAGGUCGAAAUUCCUCCCUCAUCGCAUUUCUUUCAAAAUGGCGAACCACCUCCAAACAUCCCCAAUCCUGCACUCCGAUUCUCUCCCCACCGUUCUCCGGCCACUUUCCGGCGACCUAAACACUACUCCAACCAAAAUCUCUUUCUCUUUCUCUUUCACAAUCCACGGUUCUCUAAAUUUCAGAGCUCGCCGCCGCCGCCAACGCCCUUACGAUUGCGCUGCUCGGCGGAGAGUCCGAUACGAUGAUGAAGAAGAUGAAGAUGAAGAGUAUGGCCACAAUGAACAGAUUGCGCUGCUGGAAUCCUACACUCGGGGCGCUGCCGGCGAGGCGCUGAUCGUUCACGCGGCGCUCGAUGGCGACCUCGUUGAAGUUCUCGUCUUCAAGGGAUUCUCGUCAUGCUUGAGCUAUGCGACUUCAUCUGAUCCAUCCAGAAGUGUUCUUCCAGCAAGAGCAACGAUUCAAUCCAUUGAUAGAAUCAAGGGCCCAUUUGAUCCCUCAAAUAUCGAAUACAUUCAGAGGGGUUUCAAUUUUAUCAUUUUGUUAGGAUUGUGCGUGCAUUUCAAUCGUCUGCGACACAUCCGACUUUCCUUUACACUAGGCCAAGUCAUUCGGCUCAACCUUACCUCUGCUCGGGGCCAAAGUCUCUCAAUGCAACGUCGCAUCUCAUCUUGUCAUCUUGAUCCCCAUCGACAUAGUUCAUAUGUCUUGGCGUCAUUUCGAGUCUCGGGAUGUCGUCGGCCAUCACAACUCGUUCGGUCAUGCCAUCGAGAAUGGGCCCGCGUGUCGCUCAUCUCAUCGGGACUUCCCGAACAUCCAUUCAUCUGGGUUCUAUCGAGGCAUUGGCCCUCCCAUGCCCAUGUCGUGUCAUUUACGGAUACCGUGUCGGAUAGCAGGUGUAUGUAGCAACCUCCAAUACACGGGCUGGGGCGCAAUAUCGGCACAUCGGUGCCACUCGGUACUAUACUUGAAAAACUUAUUUCAAAAGAAGUCGCCCGAGACACUCGUCUCGGUACGCUCGCCCACACUGUGACACACGU